GGUCUUCCUCUGCCUGCGCUGGCGCCAGUGCUCGUCUACCAUGGCUCACAGCCAGUCUACCGUUUUCCAGUCGUUGCGGGAUAUGAAAGGCACUACCCCGUACAAAAGUGACGCGGAAUCGUCGACGGACGGUAAUGUCGUUACGAAAGCUGCCUCUGCUUCCGGCGCCAUCCGGAGCUUGGACUUCCGGCGCAGAAACUUUGACCACCGGCUUGAAAGUCGCCUCGGGGUCCAGUCGCAGACUUGCUUCCUGCGACCGCGGAGCGAGCAGCCUCUGGUGCCGUUCAGUGUAAUGAAUUCCAUUGAAGCUGCUGUGAAAAAACUUUUACCCAAGAGCUGUUUGUCCCGGGUGAUCAUUCGGGACAACCUCAGUGCACUUCGAGUCUCUGAGCCAAAGAUAAGAACAUCUGACAAGACCAAGAAAAGGAUGAGCCACUUGCACGAUCACUUGAAAAAAAAGUUCAUAACAGAGCAGCAGCGUAAGCUGGGGAACUGGAGACAGGAGUCCCUGGACAUCCAGCAGUACUUGGACAGCCUGCGGGUUCACGAGGCGCAACUCCAGUCUCGCAAGGCAAACCAACCUCCCUAGUUAUGACCUUUGAGAAUCACAAGUCAGACCCAAGAAGAACUUGAAAGGAGCCAAGCCACACCAUCAGAACAAUGAAACAAGACCAAUAGACAGUGGAACAUAAACAGCCUCAGCAGUUCUAAUUGUCUGUGUCUUCUAAUAUCUCCUGUCCUCUAGCCUAAAAAGUCCUGAUUGAUAGUCCCUUGGAUGCUCAGGCAAGAGGCUGAAUCAAGCC